CUGAAAGAUCUAAAUAAAUAACCCUAACCAUAUCUCGACCUUCUCUUUCACUUCGCCUUGUUCUUUCUUCUCUUAGGUUUCCGCAAGAUCUGCAAACCAUGGCUUCCAGGAAAUUCGACAACCCUCACUCCGGCGACGGCGCCAGUCCAGGCAAAAUCUUCAUCGGAGGGUUAGCCAAAGACACCACCCUAGAGACGUUCGUGAAGUACUUUGAGAAGUACGGGGAGAUAACGGACUCCGUUAUAAUGAAAGACCGUCACACGGGUCGGCCAAGGGGAUUCGGCUUCAUCACCUACGCCGAUCCCUCCGUCGUUGACCAAGUCAUUCAGGAGAACCACGUCGUCAACGGCAAGCAGGUCGAGAUUAAGAGGACCAUUCCCAAGGGCUCUUCGCAGGCUAAUGACUUCAAAACCAAGAAGAUUUUCGUCGGCGGCAUUCCAACUUAUGUGUCUGAAGAUGAGCUCAAGAACUUCUUCUCCAAGUAUGGGAAAGUGGUGGAGCAUGAGAUAAUACGGGACCACACCACGAAGCGAUCCCGGGGUUUUGGCUUUAUAGUUUUUGACAGUGAAAAGGUUGUGGAUAAUAUUUUGGCAGAUGGGAACAUGAUUGAUAUGGGUGGUACUCAGGUUGAGAUCAAGAAGGCUGAACCAAAGAAAUCCUCAAACCCAGCUUCUCUUCCUCCAUUUGCUAGUGACUCUAGGGCACGUUCUUACAAUGAUGGUUUUGGUGGUUUUGGCGAUUCUUAUGGAAGUUUUGGUGGUAGCGGGUAUGGUCCUGGUUCUUAUAGGUCACUUGGAGGUUUUGGGGGUAGGCUUGGUGAUUAUGGUGGGUAUGGGGCUGGAGAUGAAUUUGGUGGUAGUUUUGGGGGUUAUGGUGGUGCUGGUGCUGGUGGCUAUGCUGGUUUUCGAGGAGAAUCAUCGUUUGGCUACUCUAGUCGCUAUGGAUCGUACAUGGGUGGCCUUGGUGCUGGUUAUGGUGGCAGCGGGUUAGGCGCAUAUGGACGGGGUGGUGGGGCUUAUGGAACCUAUGGUGGUCCAAGCGCUGGUGGGGGUUAUGAAUCAGGUCCCGGUGCUGGUUAUGGAGGAGCAGGAGGUGGAAUGUAUCCCAGUAGGGGAAGCUAUGGUGGCAGUAGUCGUUACCAUCCUUAUGCAAGAUAGUUUUAUUACUAAGCUUUGCAGUAGAAUUUGUAUGCAGGUUUAAGCAUUUUCUAGACACAAGGCACUUACUGCAGGUGGCCACUUUCUAGAAGUCAGAAGAACCACUAGCAUGUCUGUUUUAUCUAUUGCUUAGACAACCGAAGGUAGAAACAUCAUCAGUCUAGAGCUUUCUGAGCAUCAUCAAUCUAGAGCUUCCCAUCAGUUAUCAGCCUAUAUGGAUUUUAGAUAGGCACAUUCUGCUUUAAUGUGAUAUUCAGAUGUUUGCAUUAGACUGUCGCUAUUCUGGAUUCGAUAUUUAGUUAGAAACAUGGUGGAGUUGUGUUAAUGUGUAUUAUUGUAGGUCAUACUUGCUAGAAAUUUGCUUGAAAUAGUACUUGUUCUCCAUCUUUCCUUUAGUUAUGUUUGGUUAGCCUAUGUUGAAGAUGUUGACAUAACCUUUUCAGGUUAAACUAGUUACUACAGUUCUGUGAUUUAGUUA